UUACCUCCUCCCAGCCCUCACACUCAAGUCGAAGAGAAACGACUCUUCCGACCCACUGGUUGUUUCUCCCUAACCCUACGCGGCGCGUCUGUUUAUCCUGUGAUUUUUCAGAAAAAGACGAACAGCCAUGGCUGCCGUUACAUCCCAAGUAGCUUUCCCCGCAGCCUACACAGCCGCGCCCGCCGCUCGCGCUGCAGCCUGCUCUGCGCGCGUUUCUCUCCGCACGCCGUCCUUCUCCGCGCAAGCCCUCCCCGCCGUGCGCGCAUUCCCCGCGCGGGUGGAGCGCGUGGUCGCUCCGCGCGCGGCGGUGGCGGAGGCGGGGAGCGAGGCGGCGGCGGAGGAGCCUAAGAAGGUCAAGGUGCUGUCGGUAAAGGAGGGCAACCAACGACUGCUCCUUAAAUUCGUCUGGCUCGAGAAGAACAUUGGGAUUGCCGUGGACCAGAUGAUUCCCGGGCAGGGCACUGUUCCCGUCAGCUCGUACAUGUUUUGGCCGCGCAAGGACGCGUGGGAGGAGCUGCGCGAGCUGCUGGAGAGCAAGCCGUGGCUGUCGAGGAAGCGCGUGAUCAUCCUGCUCAACCAGGCCACGGAUAUCAUCAACCUCUGGCAGCAAACCACCUUCAAGCCCUGAAAGGAGCUCUUGUGUAUGCGGAGAAACAGGUCAUGUGGCUGGAAGUAGGAGCUGUACCAUGUAUGGUAUGGAUUUGAGAAUGUGAUUCUACAGAGCAAAUUGUUGCAGUGUAAAUUACCAAUCUCAAGGAAGCCCAAGCUCCUGCAGAGCAGGCCAUGGCUGUCUAGGAAGCUGGAUAUCGUCAUCCUGCUCUACCAGGCGAUUGGCAUCAACCUCUGUCAGGAAUGUUAGAUUGUCGUGAGAAUGGUGUAACAAAGUAAGGAGUGAAUGAUUGGGUAGAGGGAGAGUACAGAUAGAUAUACCUAAGUAUUGUACCCUCUAAGAUGUGACCUUAUACAGUCUAUGCAAACAU